AUGAAUGGAGCCGGCCCAAGUCAUCAAAAUGAGCCGCAAAUCAACCAACAUCAAUCUUCCGUACCUGACGUACCUGGAGAAGAUGUAGAUGAAAAACAGGCGCGAUCAUUGAGUGCCAAAGUGGCAUCCUUAUGUGGCCUACGACAUACACGUUUCCCAGGGGCACAGCCGGUCUCAUUCGCAAGGUCAUCUUUGGAUCAAUUGAAAGAAGAGGAUUAUUGGGUAUGUGAAAAGUCAGAUGGUCAACGUGUUCUUAUGUUUAUCGCAUGGAAUAAGGCUACAGAAUCGCAAGAAGUAUACCUGAUUGAUCGGAAAAACAAGUACAAACGACAACCCCUUUCAAUCGUUUUCCCCUUUCACGAAAUACCGCCUUCCCAAAAGGCUAUGGCGGCCCUACAGCUGGGAUCACUCAAUGAGAAGUACGCCGUUCGGAAAGAUACCCUCUUGGACGGAGAAUUGGUUUGGGAUGUGUCAAAAAGUGGAGAGAGGAGGAUGCGAUUACUACUCUUUGACUGCAUCAUCUUAGACGGUCAAAGCUUGGCUCAACGUCCUUUGAGUAGAAGAUAUGGAAGUUUGAUGAACCAAAUCGUUCCCCCACACAAGCAUUUCUUACAAGAAUUUCCGGCAGCAGCUCGUGAUGCUCCCUUUGAGGUAAAAGUGAAGCGUAUGCAGCUUGCCUACCACCUUUCCACCGUUUUGGACCAACAUAUACCCCAAUUAGAGCAUGGAAAUGAUGGUCUUAUUUUCACUUGCGUCAAUUCAGGUUACAUCUUUGGAACGGAUCCUAAAAUCAUCAAAUGGAAACCACCAUCGGAAAACACUAUUGACUUUAAAUUGCGUUUGAGAUUUCCGCCUGAUCUGGCAAAAGAUCCAAGGGGAAACUUACCAGACCUUCAAGCGAAGCCUUUCUUCCAAUUGGACGAAUUUACAGGAGGUCAACGUGAUAAUUAUCGUUAUUUUGAUUGGUUAUAUGUUGAGGACGAUGAAUGGGAAGAUAUGAAAGCGAGCGGGGAGCAAUUUGAUGACCGAGUCGUAGAAUGUUCUUGGGAUCCUAAUGGAGGUCCGCUCGAGCCAUCACAGAAAGCAAAUGGAGCUAAUGGAGAGCUCGAUUCAUCAAGACCUCCUUGUUGGAGAUUGCACAGGAUACGUGAUGAUAAACAUGAUGGUAAUCAUACGAGCAUCGUUCAAAAGAUUAUUCAAAGUAUCGUUGACGGUGUAGAAAAGGAUGAAUUAUUGCAAGAAGAGGGUACGAUUAGAUCUUUAUGGAAAAGUGAAGAAAGGGAAAGGUUUAGAACUGCUCGAGAGAAAGGUCGAGAGAGCGGAGUGGAUAUGUUUUCGAAGAAGCGAGGAGCGCCGCCUCCAAUGCGAGGAGAGCCUCCUUCUUGGUUUAGGCGUACGUGA